UCCUACAAUCACGCGUGCGUGAUUGCGCGGUGCGCGAUGCGUGAUGCGUGAUCGCGCAAAAGUUGAAACCACGAAAAACUAUGUAAGUGUUUAUUAAUAAUUCACGCGCGUGAAUAUUCGCGCGCGCGAUUGUCGAUCACGCACUCCAGUCACGCAGCUGUCGCCACGAAGUCAACUUCUGCGUGAAACGCAUUGCGGGAUUUCAUUUAUUUUAAUAUAUUAUUUAAUUAUUAUUUAAUAUAAUAUUAUUGUAUUAUAUGUUUUAUUUGAUUUUAUCAAUAUCAAGUCAAAUCAAACGGCAGGUAGAAGUAAGUAAGAAUAAUUUUCAAAUAUAAGCUGCUAUAUAAAUAACAAAUAAUUUUUUUUUUGUAAAUUAUUACAAUUUUCAAUGUUUUUUUUUAAAUUAGUUUUGGUGAACUAUGGAGUCGAGGGCAUUUAAUGUUAUGGAUGACGAAAAACUCAUAGAAGUUGUUCGUAAUUAUCCUGUAAUUUAUAAAUUGAGUGACAAAAAUUAUAAGGAUAAUUGCAUUAAAGAUAAUGUUUGGAAAGAAAUUUCACAGUCUAUUGGAAAAAACGUAAAUGAUUGUAAGACAAGAUGGCGCACAAUAAGAGAUUCAUAUAAAAAAAAUUUAAAGAAACGAAGAUUAGGUACCGGUUCAGCAGCUACAACAAAAUCGAAGUACAAUGACGAUUCAUUAAGUUUUUUAGAUAACAUCGAAAACGAAAGAAGAACUACAUCGAACAUUUCAGUAGAAAAAAAAGCCUGCAAUGACAACACAAACUACUCAGAAAUGGCCGUAAAUGAUAGUUUUGACCAAACUGAAGAAAUCGAGCCAGAGAAGGAACUGUUACUUAAAAGUUCUGAACCAUUAUUAGAUAUGCCCAUUGAUGACAAACUACCAAAUACAGAAAUAAACCAUAGUUUGAUAGAUUCAUUUACAAAACCGUGCGAAAAAAAAAACAACACGAAGAGCUCAAGAUAAAAUAUUAGAUGAAAUUAAAAAAGGACGAGAGGAGCGAUUGGCAGCGUUAAGAGAAAUGAAACAACAAGAAUCUAUUGAUCCAAUUCAAACUUUUUUUAAAAGUAUGGCGUCAACGGUUUCAAUGUUUCCUCCAGAAUCAGUUGUGGAAGCCAAAAUGAGGAUAUUUAACAUUGUUUCCGAAAUGGAAUUACGCUUAUUAAAAACAAAGGCUACCACGAGUACACCACCUGUAGAAACAAUGACAUCAACAUCAACAUUUUCAUCGAAUCUGCAAGUUCCUACAAUACUUGCCGAUGAAUCUUCGUGUUCCACUACGAUGUCAAGUGUUUCGGACAUUUCAAAUCCUACUCCAUCUGCGAAGUCCAAUUUUUCUUAUUUAAAAUAUCUCGAAGAAUAUUAAUUUUUUUAUUUUUAUUAAGCAAGUUUAACAUUUUUCAUGCACAGUUUUAUUUUAUUUUAUUUUGAAAAAAAAUUAUUUUUUGAUAUUUUAUAGUUUGAAAAUUACCAGAUUGGUACGAAGUUAGUAUAUAUAUUAUUUUAUUUUAUUAAAAUGAAAUCUCCAUAUAACAUUGGUGUAAAUUUAAAUAUUUAUUAUUUUUUGUUGCUUUAUUUUAAUUACUAUUAACGCUCAGUGGUUAGGACUUAGGUUAGAUAUAUUCCAAGUUCUAAAUAAAUAAUAUGUAUGUAUUUUUUAAAUGAAUCAUUCUAUCAAUAUCAGAAUAAUAUAAUUGAAAUGGAAAAUUACCCAAAUAUUUAUUGUCCCUUUCUUAUUUUGAUAAAUAUACCUAUAGUACAAUAAUUUUACUUACCUUAGAG